AUGACAGCCGACUUGGACCAGCAACUAACGUUCCCCCAGGUCAUCACAUCCACCAUUCUUUGGCCAGACAUUGUCCUCUGGUCUGUCUCCAUUAGGACAGUAAUCAUGGUGGAACUAACAGUUCCAUCGGAAGACUGGAUGGACGCCACCGUCGAGAACAAAGAAGGAGACACAUGUCGUAUUGGCAGCUACAUGCCAUCAAGCAGGCUGGGUGUCAUUGGAAAUCACGAGAUCGAAACUAAGGAAAGCCUUGAAGGACCUGGCAGAAGCAGCAGAGCAAGGGAUUUGGACUCCCCUGCCAUGCAUAGUCCGUUGAGGCCCAGCCGGCAAGCCAGCAACAGGGAGUGGCAGGAUGAAAGAGGCGAAACAUCAAUGAAGGCUGUCUCCUGGCUGACGACCCUCCAGCAGGCCCACCGGCACCAUCAGAGGCUCACCAAAUUCGCUUUGUACCAGCAGUCUUACUUGCUCUGGAACUUAGGCCCCAUCUUCAGCGAUUCAGUAAGAAGUGUGCCCAUCAACCACCAAAUUGUCAUUUGCACCAGGCAUGUCUGCAGGGUUUUUAUGUCAAGUGCCGAACAUAUCCUGGGCAUGUGCUUUGAAAUUUACAAAAUGACGGAAAAGGCAAAGUCCAACAAGACCCAGUGCCGGCAAGUGGGCGCGCGCGUGCGCACUUUGGAGAGGAUGGUACAGAGCAUCAAGGAGCGACCUGAAAACGUCUCACCCGACAUCGAGGAGGCCCUCGAGAAACUUGCUCAAAGUCUUUUUAAAGCCAAAGGACUCAUGAGCCAAGUUUCUAAAACCAAAGCUUUUGUCAGCAUCAUAAAAUCGAACUCUAUUGAGUCUAAGUUCCAAGAAGUGAGCCAGAACCUCACCGACGACAUCCAGGUGCUCUCCAUGGCGCUCCAGAUCAGCCACGGCAACACCCUCAGGGAGGGCCUGAUGACUAUCGCGGCUCGACAGAGUACAGCCGCAUUCGACCGCCACGCGCCUCUCCAACACCAGCCUGUUCCCCAGUCACCUACUGACAUGGGCCUGAAGACUAUCGCACCUCAACAGAGUACAGCCGCAUUUGACCGCCACGCGCCUCUCCAACACCAGCCUGUUCCACAGUCACCUACAGACAUGGUACUUGUUGGCAAGUCACCUGUAACACAGGCACCCCCCCCCUAUUCGCCAGUGUCCCCAUCGCCCAUGAUCUCCUACGCCAUGCUGUCCCCUCCCACUGUGGUAGUACACAGCCCUCCGCCUAUGAUCUACCAGCGCCCCAUAAACACUGUGACCUCCACAGUGAUCAGCUACAAUGGCCCCAAUCCCAUGGCCUCCCUGAAAAUGGAUGCCAUGGAGGUAGACCCUGUCCAACAGAGUGCGCCCAUCCCUGCUGCCGACCCCCCCAUCAUCCUCUCUGACUCAGGCAGCAGCACUGAAGUCGACGAGGAUGACGAAAAUGGCAGCGGCGAGGGCGGAGCGCAGGUGGCAUCCCUGCCCAUAUUUGUUGUUACGGAAAAUGCAAACAGCGAAAAUGGACAUCCCGGUGUGCAGCCAACCCCCACGCCAGCACAUCAAAGCGAGGACAGUGAGGGCGAGGGUGACACGUGUAGCAUCUGCCUAGAGGCCUGGACGUCGGCAGGUGACCAUUGGGUCGCAGCGCUUCGCUGCGGACAUCUUUUCGGAUUCAUCUGCAUCAAGAGAUGGCUGGCCUCUCAGCGCUCUGCUGCCAAAUGUCCGCAGUGCAACAAGAAGGCAAAGCGCUCUGACAUCGUGCGGCUAUACGCCCCCAAGCUGAGAGUCAUGGACAACAGUGAGCAAGAGAACCUGAAGAGGUCUUUGGAGGUGGAGCAGUCAAUGAGGAGGAAGGCCGAGCUGGAAUCGGCUCAGUACAAACUCAAACUUCAGGUGAUCACUAACAAGUACAGUCAAGCGCAACAGGAGCUGCAGGCAAUCAGAGCUCAAGCAGGCGGCAGCUCAGCCACUGCCGCAUCCUCCUCCUUGUCUCCGCAACGGUCCUGUCCAAAUUCUGACCUGAUGGCGCCGUACAACUUCAUUGACGCAAUACUGGUGUCCAAUUUUGGAGGCUGCCGAGUUUUAAGCCAUUGUGAAUCGCUCAACUGUCUGGUGGCCUCGCAGCCUUCUCCUCACCCUACGUUCAUGCCUGGCUGGGGCGUGAAGAAGGUCAGUCUGGCCAAUAUUAGGUCCAGUCAGUACGUUCCCAUCCACAGCGAUCAGGUGAGAGGGCUGUGCUUCAACCGGCAGAAUGAGGGAACACUGCUUUCGGCGUCUCUGGACAAAACCCUCAAACUCACAAGCCUUUCGGGCAGUGUGGUGGUACAGACGUAUAAUGCUGGCAAGCCGGUUUGGAGCUGCUGCUGGUGCUUGGACAACACAAACUACGUUUACGCGGGUCUCAACAAUGGCUCCAUUCUGCUCUAUGACCUCAGAGACACCAGCACCCACGUGCAAGAGCUUCAGCCACUGCGCGGCAGGGCCCCAGUUACGUCGCUGUGCUACAUCCCUCGUGCGGCGUCCAGCACGUUCCCAUGUGGUGGGCUGAUUGCCGGCUCAAUGGAGGGUUGCUACUUCUGGGAGCAGCUUGGGGAGAACACGUACAAGCCGCACAUGCUACCUAUCGAGGCCGGAGGCUGCACUGACAUUCAGGUGGAGACGGAGAGCCGGCAUUGCCUGGUCACAUACCGAGCUGGCCGCGCCCACCCGACAGUUCGCUGUGUUCUGAUGGCUUUGACCCGGACCCCUCCGCUGGAAGAAGGGGAACCGCCCAGCUGCUCCUGCUCGUCCGUGCAGACCUUCAACGCUGGCUCGUCCUGCAAACUCCUCACCAAGAAUGCAGUCUUUGCCAGACCGCACGGAGGCGGUGCUCUCGUGUGCGCUGGAGACGAGGCGUCGCAAUCCACCAUGGUGUGGGAGGCUUCCAGCGGUGCGCUGCUCCAGAGGCUUCCGGCCGACCUCCCUGUGCUGGAUAUCACGCCGUUCAUGGUCAACGGUGAACACUUCCUGGCCUCAUUGACCGAGAAGAUGUUGAAGCUUUACAAGUGGAAGUUGAAAAGCGCAUAA